UUCUUACACAAGAGCCUAAAAGCAUUUAAAACUUGCAGAAUGAGAAGAUGGCGCAGGCAAUGCUGGUACCACCAGGCCCUGACAGCUUCUUCUAUUUCACUGAAGAAUCUCUUGCAGCCAUUGAAAAACGUAUUGCUGAUGAAAAAUUUCAUUGCCACCAAGAGGAGCCUGCAGAUGAUGCUGGUCAUGAAGCAGAUCACCUAGAGCCAAAUAAUGACUUAGAGGCAGGAAAGACGCUGCCAUUUAUUUAUGGUGAUAUUCCUCCAGGAAUGGUGUGUGAACCCCUGGAGGACCUGGACCCAUAUUACAUCAAUAAAAAAACAUUUAUAGUACUGGAUAAAGCGAAGACAAUCCACAGGUUCAGUGCCACACCUGCCUUGUACCUUUUAUCUCCUUUCAAUAUCACUAGAAGACUAGCUAUUAAGAUUUUGGUUCAUUCAUUGUUCAACAAGGUCAUUAUGCUCACUAUUUUGGCAAAUUGUGUAUUAAUGACAUGGAGAAAUCUUCCAGAAUGGGCAAAAUAUGUAGAGUACACUUUCACUGGAAUUUAUACUUUUGAAUUUCUAGUAAAAGUCUUUGCAAGAGGCUUCUGUAUAAAUGAUUUUACGUGCCUUCGUGACCCCUGGAACUGGCUUGAUUUUGUUGUCAUUUCCUUUGCGUAUAUAACAGAAUUUGUAAACCUAGGCAAUCUUUCAGCUCUUCGAACUUUCAGAGUAUUGAGAGCUUUGAAAACUAUUUCUGUAAUUCCAGGCCUGAAGACUAUUGUUGGAGCCUUAAUUCAGUCUGUGAAGAAGCUCUCGGAUGUGAUGAUCCUGACUGUGUUUUGCCUGAGUGUAUUUGCACUGAUAGGACUGCAGCUGUUCAUGGGCAACUUGAAGAAUAAAUGCCUGUUCUGGCCAUCAAAAAAUUCAACAGCCUUUGAAACACAUGUAGUUCCAUACUUUAAUGAUACAGAAUUGAACUGGGAUGCAUACAUUAAUGACGAAAGUCAUUUCUACCGCCCAGAAGGAGCAACGGAUUUUCUGCUUUGUGGCAAUAGCUCAGAUGCAGGUAAAUGCCCAGAAGAGUUUAUCUGUGUGAAAGCUGGUAAAAACCCCAACUAUGGAUAUACUAGCUUUGACACAUUCAGUUGGGCUUUCUUGUCACUGUUUCGACUGAUGACACAGGACUAUUGGGAAAAUCUUUAUCAGUUGACACUGCGAGCUGUUGGCAAAUCAUACAUGAUAUUUUUUGUUGUGGUGAUUUUUCUGGGUUCCUUCUAUUUGAUUAACUUGAUCUUGGCUGUGGUUGCCAUGGCCUAUGAAGAACAAAAUCAAGCAACUCUUGUUGAAGCAGAGCAGAGGGAGGCAGACUUUAAACUGAAGCUUGAACAACUGCGGAAGCAGCAAGAAGAAGCUCAGGCAAUAGCAGCAGCUGCAGCAGAGAUGACUGAGUACAGCUGUGAAAGUGGGAAUGCUGCACCCUCAGAUAGUUCUUCAGAUGCAUCCAAGCUUAGUUCAAAAAGUGCCAAAGAAAGGAGAAAUAGAAGGAAGAAAAGGAGGCAGAGAGAGCUCUCUGGAGAAGAGGAUGACAUGAAGGAUGAAAAGCUUCCAAAAUCUGAAUCAGAUGGCAGUAUCAAAAAGAAAGGUUUCCGUUUUUCUUUUGAUGGGAACAGACUAACUUAUGGGAAGCCAUUUAUAUCAUCCCACCAGUCUUUGCUGAGUGUUCAUGGCUCCCUGUUUUCUCCCAGGCCUAGUAGCAGAACAAGUCUGUUCAGUUUUAGAGGCGAUGGACGAGAGAGAGGCUCAGAAAAUGAGUUUGCUGACGAUGAGCACAGCACAUUUGAGGAUAACUCGAGCAGGAGAGGGUCUCUGUUUCUGCCGCGCAGGCACGCAGAGCGGCGCAGCAGCAACAUCAGCCAGGCCAGUGGGUCAUCCCGAAGGCUGACAGUCUUCCCAGUGAAUGGGAAGAUGCACAGCACUGUGGAUUGCAAUGGAGUGGUUUCCUUGGUGGAUGGACCACCAGGUCUGUUGUCUCCUACUGGACAACUUCUGCCAGAAGUGAUAAUAGAUAAACCAUCGACUGAUGGCAAUAGCACUACCACAGAAAUAGGAAUGAAAAACAGACGUACAAGUUCGUAUCAAAUACCAAUGGAGUUGCUGGAGGAUCCCGAUUUAAGGGAAAGGGCCAUGAGUCUAGCUGAUGUUAUCACAAACAGAAUGGAAGAACUUGAAGGAUCCAGACAAAAAUGUCCACCUUGCUGGGAUAAGUUUGCCCAUACUUUCUUGAUUUGGGAUUGUUGUGAGCCCUGGUUAAAAGUGAAGAGUAUAGUUGAAUUUAUUGUAAUGGAUCCAUUUGUUGAUCUGGCUGUUACUGUUUGCAUAGUUUUAAACACAUUAUUUAUGGCCAUGGAACAUUAUCCAAUGACUAACCAGUUUGAGACUGUACUUACAGUAGGAAAUCUGGUUUUUACUGGAAUUUUUGCAGCAGAAAUGGUUCUCAAGAUAAUUGCCAUGCAUCCUUUUAAUUAUUUCCAAGUUGGCUGGAAUAUUUUUGAUAGUUUUAUAGUUACUCUUAGUUUGGUGGAGCUUUUUUUGUCAAACGUGGAUGGAUUAUCCGUUCUCCGGUCAUUCCGAUUGUUGCGAGUUUUCAAAUUGGCAAAAUCUUGGCCAACUCUAAAUAUGCUGAUAAAGAUUAUUGGCAACUCAGUGGGGGCUCUGGGGAACCUGACCCUGGUGCUGGCCAUCAUUGUGUUCAUUUUCGCUGUGGUUGGGAUGCAGCUCUUUGGGAAGAGCUACAAGGAGUGCGUCUGCAAGAUCUCCAGUGACUGUGUGCUCCCUCGCUGGCACAUGCACGACUUUUUCCACUCUUUCCUGAUUGUGUUCCGAGUGCUGUGUGGGGAAUGGAUAGAAACCAUGUGGGACUGCAUGGAGGUUGCAGGCCAAGCCAUGUGCCUUAUUGUUUUCAUGAUGGUCAUGGUGAUUGGAAACCUAGUGGUAUUGAAUCUUUUUCUGGCCUUGCUGCUGAGUUCAUUUAGUUCAGACAACCUUGCUGCUACAGACGAUGAUAAUGAAAUGAACAACUUGCAGAUUGCUGUGGCAAGGAUUCAGAGGGGAAUAGAUUAUGUGAAGAAAAAAGCAGGUGAAUGCAUCCGAAGGCCUUGUUUGGGAAAACAAGCUGCUGUAAAUCAAAAAACAGCAACAGAUCAGAAUGAUGAGAGAAACCAUUGCAUUCCCAACUGUACUGGCACUGAACAAAGGAUAGAUAAAAAUUACGGCAAAACUGAAAAUGGAAUGGCCACUGUUAUAGGUGACAAUGAUUAUGCACCAUUCAUAACCAACCCAAGCCUUACUGUUACGGUACCAAUAGCUGUUGGAGAGUCUGAUUUUGAACGUCUGAAUACAGAAGAGUUUAGCAGUGACUCAGAUUUGGAUGAAAGCAAGGAGAAGCUAGAUUUUUCCAGCUCAUCAGAAGGAAGUACAGUUAAUUUAACUGUCUUUGGAGAAGAAAAAAGUGAAAGUGAACCAGAAAAAGCAUCAGAAAUACAAGCAUGCUUUACAGAAGGCUGUGUACGGAAGUUUAAAUGCUGUAGAGGCAGUACAGAGAGCACAAGAGGGAGAAUCUGGUGGAACCUUCGAAAAACCUGUUACAACAUAGUAGAGCACAACUGGUUUGAAUCAUUCAUUGUCUUCAUGAUUCUUCUCAGCAGCGGUGCUCUGGCUUUUGAAGAUAUAUAUAUUGAACAGCGCAAGACCAUAAGAGUCCUGCUGGACUAUGCUGAUAAAAUCUUUACUUACAUCUUUAUUCUGGAAAUGGUGCUAAAAUGGGUGGCCUAUGGUUUUCAGACUUACUUCACUAAUGCUUGGUGCUGGCUGGACUUCCUGAUUGUUGAUGUCUCAUUGGUUAGCUUAGUAGCUACUGCCCUUGGUUUCUCAGAAUUUGGUGCAAUUAAAUCUCUCCGAACAUUAAGAGCUUUGAGACCUCUAAGAGCUUUGUCACGCUUUGAAGGCAUGAGGGUGGUUGUGAAUGCUCUUACUGGAGCAAUCCCAUCCAUCAUGAACGUACUUCUGGUGUGUCUUACAUUCUGGCUAAUUUUCAGCAUCAUGGGAGUAAAUUUGUUUGCUGGCAAGUUCUAUCACUGUGUUAACACCACAGAUAAAGAGAUGCUCACACCAGAACAAGUCAGUAAUAAAAGUAUGUGUGAAGAUAUGAACAGGACUACUGGAAAUGUUCGGUGGAAAAAUGUGAAAGUAAACUUUGAUAAUGUUGCAAUUGGUUAUCUUUCUCUGCUUCAAGUGGCAACAUUUAAAGGAUGGAUGGAGAUUAUGUAUGCUGCAGUUGAUUCUACAGAAGUAGAGAAACAGCCCAAGUAUGAACACAACCUGUACAUGUACCUUUACUUUGUGGCCUUUAUCGUUUUUGGAUCAUUUUUCACCCUAAACUUAUUCAUUGGUGUCAUCAUAGAUAACUUCAACCAACAAAAAAAGAAGCUUGGAGGCCAAGACAUUUUCAUGACUGAAGAGCAAAAGAAAUACUACAAUGCAAUGAAGAAGCUGGGCUCCAAGAAACCACAAAAACCUAUACCUCGACCAAUGAACAAAUUGCAAGGUCUGGUGUUUGAUAUUGUAACCAAGCAACUAUUUGACAUCAUCAUUAUGGUUCUAAUCUGCCUUAACAUGAUCACAAUGAUGAUAGAAACAGAUGACCAGUCUGAACUGAUGCAAAAUAUUUUAUAUUGGAUUAACUUGGUCUUUGUUGUCCUUUUCACUGGUGAAUGUGUCUUCAAAAUAUUUUCACUCCGUUAUUAUUACUUCACCAUUGGCUGGAAUAUUUUUGAUUUUGUGGUUGUUAUUCUUUCAAUAAUAGGUAUGUUUCUAGCUGAGGUGAUAGAAAAGUACUUUGUGUCACCCACUUUGUUCCGAGUUGUACGGCUUGCCAGGAUCGGUCGAAUCCUGCGCCUCAUUAAAGGCGCUAAGGGAAUCCGCACUCUGCUUUUUGCUUUGAUGAUGUCUCUCCCUGCCUUGUUCAACAUUGGGCUGCUGCUCUUCCUGGUCAUGUUCAUCUAUGCCAUAUUUGGCAUGUCCAACUUUGCCUACGUCAAGAAGGAAGAUGGGAUUGAUGACAUGUUCAACUUUGAAACGUUUGGCAACAGCAUGAUCUGCCUGUUCCAGAUCACCACGUCCGCUGGCUGGAAUAAUUUGCUCAACCCAAUUCUCAACAGUGGGGAGCCAGACUGUGACCCCCAUAAAGAUCAUCCAGGGAGCUCUGUGAAAGGUGACUGUGGCAACCCUUCUGUUGGGAUUUUCUUCUUUGUCAGCUACAUUAUCAUAUCCUUUCUGGUAGUGGUGAACAUGUACAUUGCUGUGAUUUUGGAGAACUUCAGUGUUGCUACUGAAGAAAGCGCUGAACCCUUGGGUGAGGAUGACUUUGAGAUGUUUUAUGAGGUUUGGGAAAAAUAUGAUCCUGGUGCAACACAAUUCAUAGAAUACAGCAAACUGUCUGAUUUUGCAGCUUCUCUAGAUCCUCCUCUUAAUAUACCAAAACCAAACACAAUUCAUCUCAUUGCAAUGGAUCUACCUGUGGUGAGCGGUGACAGAAUUCACUGCCUUGACAUCUUGUUUGCUUUCACAAAGCGUGUUUUGGGGGAAAGUGGGGAGAUGGACACCCUCAGAAUACAGAUGGAAGAUCGGUUUAUGGCAUCCAAUCCUUCUAAAGCUUCCUAUGAACCAAUUACAACCACACUGAAACGAAAGCAGGAAGAAGUUUCUGCCACUAUCAUUCAGCGUGCUUACAGACGUCAUCUUCUGAGACAGUCAGUAAAGAAGCUUUCAUUUAUGUAUCAGAAGGAUGGGGGUGAUCAGCUUAUCAAAAAGGAUGUGAUUGUUGGUAAGCUGAGUGAAAAUUCGUCUCCAGAGAAAAUGAAUAUGUCUGCAUCCACCACAGCUCCGCCUUCUUAUGAUAGUGUAACAAAACCAGAAAAAGAAAAAUAUGAAGAUGACAAAUCAGAAAAGGAAGACAAAGGAAAAGACAGAAGAGGAAACAAAAAAUAAAAGGCACUUUUAUCCAUGAUGAAUGUUUGCAAGCUUGAAAAUAUGUUUUUGUCAGUAGCACUCUUACUGGAGGAUUAUGCCAAAAUUAUAAGUUUUUACAUAUUUACCCACUACUGCAGACAGUGCCUGUCCAAGAAAAUGAUCCAUCACUAGUAAACCCUUGGUGGCAACAGGGAAACAAACUUGCAGAACAAUAGUUUUGAUUAUCAGCUGUUACUAAUUGAGAGGAGACACAAAAUUUCUACUUGGAAUAUAGGAACCCUUAAGGGGUCCUAAUAAGGCUGUAUUUUUGUGGAGUAAGUGUAUCCACUGUGUACAUUUCAUCUCUUUUCUGUGUUCCACGUGUGUCAGUUCUUGUUCAUGAUUUCAUUUGCUUUAAUAACAUACUGCUUUAUUAGUUCUGCUGUGCUGAGAAAAAAAUCUAAAUACUCUUUAUUUCGAUAAACACUAAAUAAUACUCUUGUGUGCCGAGAAACACAAAUGUCAGGAAUAUGUAAUUGUGGCGUCAUAAUAUGAACAUAGUUCUCUUCAAGCCACUUCUAAAUGCAAAAAGCCAGAAUUCCAGAUUACUAAACCUCAGGGUGUAGAUCAAAGAAGCACCAAACUAUAAAAAAAGCCAAGAGUCUAGAUAAAGAAUUUGUCAGUAAAUCAAACAAGGGAAUAAUUCUCACAGAAAAGAGGUUGGUAACUUAGCCUUUAAGUUUCAUGUAUUUAUUUUUAUUACCUUUUAGUAGUUUUUAAUUUAUUGUACUGUCCAUUUCAGAUACAAAUAAAUGAUGCUACAUAGAGCUCCUGCUUGGAAAACUGUGAAACUACUAAAAAAAUUACUUUCAGUGUACAAGAUAGCUGAUAAUUCCUGAAACAUUAAAACAAUUUUUUUCACAGAAGAGCUUCAAAUGAAAAAUUCUGCCUAUAGGAAAUUAUAUCUAUUUUUUAAAUGGUAUGUUUGACCUUGUAGUAUCGUGAGUAGCUUCCAUACUUUAUUCCAAAGUCUGUUGCUACACUUCUCAUUUCUCAUGAGUGUAUCCCACUUAGGAAAAUAAAGCUAUGAGUAUAAGUUGAUAGCAGAGUACCUUUGGGGACUACCUUAAUAUGUACCUCAGAUUUCAUUUUCUCUACUUUGCAGGGAUGGAUCAUAGCAACACAAAAUAUGUGCAUGAAAGAGGUGGUUUUGACGCCCUCUUGGCAAUUUAGACAGGUUUCCACUGUAAUGUAACCUUCCAUAGAGAGCUGAGAUGACCAAAAAGAUGUAGUGAAAUCAGCUUUGUCCUGCACUGGGAUUUAGAUGAUUUUUUUUUGCAUUCAGGCUGGCAAUAUACAUGUAAGUAAAAUACCCUCUGUUAUUUAAUCAGUUGUUUUACACAGUGGUACCUUUUUGAACAAGGAGACAAUGACCUAAUUACCAUAUAUGUGUCAAAUAUGUACCCUAGUAAGUUAGCUUACAACAUUUCAGUAGAUAUUAUGAUAUAUUCUGUGAUACUUUAAAUAAUUGGAAGCUCUAACUGAUGCAUGCUUGCUGCUAUUAUCCUACAGCUGUUAAAGUUUAACAUGGGAAGAAAUGUGAAUGCUAAAAAGAAAAACUGUUUGACAAGACCGUCAUUCCUCAUACCAGUAAGCAAUAGUUUGCUGCUAUUAAAGAUUUUAUUUUGUGUGAGUGUUGUAAUCAGCAAAUAUGCAGUAAGGUAAUGGACUAUACAGGACAAAUAGAUGGCUUAAAAUAUGGGGCUAGAAGAAAAUUAUAAUGUAUAUUUAUUAUUUUUAUUUUAAGAAUAGUUUAUUUUAUAACAUUUUUUACUCAUUAUAGGAAAUUAUACAUAUUUUCCUGUUGUUAUUAAUAUUUAUUGCUGUCUGUCUUUGGCACUUUACUGUUCAGAAACAUAAUAUACAAUGUGUAAUGGAAAAUUUCUGCUAAUUGCUUUAAAUAGCUUUUAAUAAGGAAUAAUUUUAAAACAAAUGGACAGUACAAUUUUUUUUUUUCCUGAUCUGUUGGUAGGUCUUUUUAUGUGAAACAAGAUAGAAGGCCUUUUUUUAUGUUAUAAUCCUGUCUAUUGAUUUUCAGGGAUCUUAGUCAUAGGAACAUUGCUUUUUCCCCAGAGUUAAUAUCACACUGUCUGCUUUGCUUAUUGGUGCACACUGCAGUAGAAACACUUUAAAUAUAAUUUGUUAUUCAAAAAUCUUCCUUCAUGAGGAUGAAUAGUGAACUUGUGCAAUGGACAGUGAAACACUUUGCAUUUCUUAUAAAAGAACUAGAAUAUUGAUGGGCUCCUGCUUUUAUGGAAAUUAUUGGCUCGUAGUAUACUGAUGAACUGCAUGCAGGAAGUUGUUUUACCAAAAAUAACUACAUUGCUAACAACCCAAAAGAAUAAAGAUAACCUUUUUAU